AUGGAUAGGCAAUCUACGUAUACCCUCAGUCUGUUCGGCGAGAGCAAUGGAGACGGCGAUUCCAGCAACAAGCAAAUUCAGAAAGAGCUCGUUGCGUUUGUACUGGACUUUCACCUGGACAAUGUCUUCAUCUACCGAGAUCAAAUCAGAGAAAAUGUGCUGUCAAAGCAGUACUACUGCGACAUCGACAUCGCCCACCUCAUAGCAUACAAUGAAGAGCUGGCGAACAAGCUGAACAACGAGCCGGGUGAUAUGAUCCCUAUCUUCGAAGCGGCUCUCAAAACAUGCACACAACGCAUCCUCUACCCAUCACGCAGCGAAGAAGACCUCCGACUCGCCAAAGCUCUCCCCGAGCACCAACUCCUUAUUCACUCCUCCGUCUCGCAAACCUCAAUCCGCGGGCUCACUGCGACCAACGUUUCCCACCUCGUUCGAAUUCCCGGCAUCGUCAUCGGCGCCAGCACACUCAGCUCAAAGGCAACGAGCAUCCACAUGCAAUGCAGAAACUGCCAGCACGAACAAAACAUGCCCAUCACAUCUGGCUUCACAGGAAUGUCGUUACCACGAACUUGCGGGAGAAUGAAGGGCCCAGAAGAUGGCGAAAAGUGUCCCCUCGACCCAUACUUUGUCGUACACGAGAAGUCACAAUUCAUCGACCAGCAAGUGCUGAAGCUGCAGGAGGCGCCGGAUGAUGUGCCUGUUGGUGAACUCCCAAGACACAUUCUCGUCAGCGCGGAUCGAUAUCUUGCAAACCGAGUGGUCCCGGGUACAAGAUGUGUGGUAAUGGGAGUAUUCAGCAUCUACAACAACCAGAAGAACAAUAAAGGCGGCGCAGUCGCCAUCAGAAACCCAUACCUUCGAGCAGUCGGGCUACAGACAGACCGUUCGAGCAACCAGUCCAGCGGGAUGGGCAUUCAAUUCAGCGAAGAGGAGGAGCAAGAGUUCCUGGAAAUGUCUCGACGACCUGAUCUCUACCAACUCUUCGCCGACUGUGUGGCACCAUCAAUUUACGGCAAUGCGGACAUCAAGAAAGCCAUCACAUGUCUGCUUAUGGGCGGUAGUAAGAAGAUUCUUCCCGACGGCAUGAAGCUUCGCGGAGACAUCAACGUUCUCCUCCUCGGUGAUCCUGGAACAGCCAAAUCCCAACUUCUCAAGUUCGUCGAAAAGUGCGCACCCAUCGCGGUCUACACCUCUGGCAAAGGAUCCUCAGCAGCCGGUCUUACGGCCUCCGUCCAACGCGACACCACAACCCGGGAGUUCUAUCUCGAAGGUGGAGCUAUGGUCCUUGCAGACGGCGGCGUAGUCUGCAUCGACGAAUUCGACAAGAUGCGCGACGAAGACCGCGUCGCCAUCCACGAAGCAAUGGAACAACAAACCAUCUCGAUCGCCAAAGCCGGCAUCACCACCAUCCUCAACGCCCGCACAUCCGUCCUCGCAGCCGCCAACCCCAUCUUCGGCCGCUACGACGACCUCAAAACUCCGGGUGAGAACAUCGACUUCCAAACCACCAUCCUCUCCCGUUUCGACCUUAUCUUCAUCGUCCGCGACGACCACGACCGCAAUCGCGACGAGACCAUCGCCCGCCACGUCAUGGGCAUCCACAUGGGCAACGCGGGCGUGACAGCACAGACGACCGCCGAGAUCCCCGUCGAGAAAAUGAAACGCUACAUCUCCUACGCCAAAUCCCGCUGCGCGCCACGCCUGUCUCCCGAAGCGGCGGAGAAGCUCUCCUCUCACUUCGUUUCCAUCCGUCGCCAAGUUGCCCGCGCCGAAGCGGACGCCAACCAACGCAGUUCCAUCCCCAUCACCGUCCGCCAACUCGAAUCACUAAUCCGUAUCUCCGAGUCCCUCGCGAAGAUAGAACUGCAACCCAUAGCGACGGAGAAACACGUCGACGAAGCGAUCCGGUUGUUCCUCGGAUCGACGAUGGAUGCCGUGAUGAGUGCGGGCGGAGACACGAGUGCGUUGGGCAUGGGCGGGAACCGCGAACUGGUGGAGGAAGUGCACAAAGUUGAGGAAGAGUUGAGAAGACGGCUGCCGAUCGGGUAUACGAGUAGUCUGGCUACGUUGCGGAGGGAGUUCGUGGAGAGAAAGGGGUAUAGUGAGCAAGGCCUCAAUCGGGCGUUGCAGGUUCUGUCAAGGCGGGAGAGUGUACAGUUUCGGAGAGGAGGGACGUUGGUUCAUCGGAGUGGAUACUAG